CGCUGUGGCCGGCCUUUAUGACUUUCCUCACGCUGAAGAUGUUCCACUUUUGAACGUUCGUGCUGCAACCUACAGUACACCAUAUAAGUCUCACUGGCAGUGUCGCUUCCCAGUCCAGCUCUUGGCUUGGCUUCUCCAGAAAAGUACGCGACACUCCACAUCAGGUCCGGAAGCUUAGUCUCCGAAGCGGAACUCUCAGCUGUCUUUCGCGUCGGGAACUGGCAUCGAAAACGAGGAUUCCUCCGUCCCGUCAAAGCCUCCAACCAAAAGCUUCAGCGUACUAGCCCUCAUAGGAUGAACACUGGGACCGAGCCGCUCUAUACGGCGGAGCAGAUCCGCAUCCCGCCGGAUUUGCCUGAUAUACUCAAAAACUACACGAAACAUAUCAUUCGCACGCAGCCCGGAAACAUUAUGAAGGAAUCGUUCGAGUACUUUGGCCGCCUGGCGAGGCAGAAGACGGACACCAGCAACUUGAAACGUUUGAACAACAUGCAGUUGGAGGCCAUCUAUAAUAAGUUUGAUUCGCCUGAUAAGGCCGUGGUAUCGCGAGCAGAGUUGGAUGAGGCAUGUAAUGCAUUCAGCAUCCCCGCCGCACAGAUUAACGACAUCGUAAGAUUGGGAGGCUGGACCGGCGACCGUAUCCCUUGGACAAAGUGCUGGGCUCUCUUAGUAGCGUCUGCAGCUGGGAACCUCACUGCCACCAUAGAGACCGUCGCAAACAUCCUCAGUGACAAUGCUCGUGUACGAGUGGGGCCAGUGGUCGAGAUCCUUCAGUAUCUCGCAGAGCAGGAUAGAACCGUGGACAAAUCCCAAGUGGAACAGCUUAUCCGGGGACUUAUGGCCAACGCGUGAGUGACCAACGUUUGGUUGUAUUCGCUCAUGGUACAGCAGCCUAUUGAAUCCUCGUUGCACCCAACGAUUAGAACCGACGCCCCAGUGGCAGAUGUCAUCAAAUUAGUGCGUCAGGAAAUCAGGCCAAGUUCCGCUUCUCUACUGUCAAGCCCAGCCUC